AUGGAUAAAAAUUCAGUAACAGCAAAGAAUGAUAAAUUCAUGGAUAAGUUUUCCAAUGAUUACGUUCAUAUAAAUGAGCCUUUUUCAGUUCCAUUGGAUGGCAUAGAAUUGUCUAAUAAUAAUAAUAAUAAUCCAAUUCAUUAUAUAAACUAUGGAAUUGAAACAUUUACAUCGCCCACAUGCUUUGCUUAUACCAUGCAUUUGUUUACUUUGAUCACUGCAAUUCUUGACCAACCAAUAAUUUAUCCUAGAGAUUUUGUUGAAAUUUAUCUCAAGUUAAAACUGUUGGAUAUUUCCACUCGUGAUAUUUCUCAAUCAGAUCGUUGCCAAGCAAUUUGCAUACUAAAGCGUAACAUCAUGUCUUUGGGUUCAAGAUUUAAUUUAUAUCUGACGCCAGAAAAGCAUGCGUUGUAUAACUUGAAAUAUUUAUUUGAUCAUUUUCAGAACAAUUUAUUAACAAACAUAUACCAACAUGAUAUUGUCGGGUUUGUAUAG